AUGAAGAGUUUUCAAAUAUCGUCGUUCAUGAAAAGUUUUCAGAUUUUAAAUUACGAUAACAAACUUAAUGAAGCAAUAAAUGAAUUGAAUUUAGAUUUUAUGUCAAAAUUAUCUUCUAAUAUUCGGAUUAUAACAGGAAGUCAACAAAAGUUCUUAAGUGAAAUGAAAUUUACAUGGAAUAAUUUAAUGUCAUUUGAACUUAUGGAGAUAUCAACAAUUAACAGUUUCAAAUUAUUGCCAUCACGUGCUAACAUAUUCCUAAUAAAUUCAUCACACGACUUUGCUUUGAUAAACAUGAGGAAUUUUGAACGCGGUGGAUAUUUUCUUAUAAUCGUUGAAGAUUGUUCAAAAAUUGAUUCAGAUGAAAUAUUUCAAGCGGCAUGGAAACAAUACAUUUACAACGUUAAUAUUUUAUGUGAAAAUCAAGGGAUGUUAAUCGUUAAAACAUUUAUUCCCUUCCAACCGACAUCAUGUAGCAACACAUCAUCAGUCACUAUUCAGAAUUAUUCACGAAAAACCAUACGAAACUUUUUUCCUGAAAAAGUUAAAAAUCUUUUCGGAUGUCCAAUUAAGCUUGCAACAUUUGAAUAUCCGCCAAUUACAAUGAGAGAGAAGUUUGACAAUGGAACAUUUCGAUAUUAUGGAAGUGAAAUGGAUUUAGCUUUUGGACUAGCAGACGCGUUGAAUUUUUCAUACGAAAUAACGUUUAUCAUGAGAUCGGGAGCUUCAGGUUUAUUACUUGAGAAUGGAACUGCCACGGGCUUAUUGAAAGACACAAUAGAAGGCGAUGUAGAGUAUUUAACAGGAUUUUAUUAUCUGACUUAUGUGAGAACAAAAUACAUGAGUUUCACUCAAUCACACUACAGCAUUCCAUUGAUUAUCAUGAUUCCACCAGGUGAACAAUUUUCACCUUUCGAGAAGCUUUUCCAACCCUUCGAGAAAAUCGUUUGGUAUUGCUUGUUGGCUUCAUUCGGGAUAAGCAUUAUAGUCAUUAUGAUAAUUAAUCGGCAAGGAGAAAAGAUCAAAAACUUCAUUUUUGGAGAGAAAAUUAAAACUCCAUAUUUAAAUUUAAUCAUACACUUCGUUGGGAGCAGUCAUCACGUUCUGCCUUCGACAAACUUUGCUAGAAGUUUGUUAAUGAUGUUCAUGUUAUUUUGUUUAAUUCAACGAAGUAUUUAUCAAGGUUCUUUGUAUUUAUUUCUUCAGUCAGAUGGACGGAAACCAGAAGUGACAUCAGUCGAUGAAAUGAUUGAGAAAGAUUUUGUGUUUUACAUUCGAGAGACUUUGGAACAUAACAUCAGACAUAUGAAUUUUUACAAUCGCCGAAAAGUUGUUCAAUUUAAUGAUUAUCCUGAACUUCGAUUAAAGACUUUAGAUUCGUCAUUUAAAGGUGGAAUCAUUCAACCACUUCUUGAAGUGAUUUACUUGAAUGAACAGAACUAUAAAAAUUUCACGUUCAACGUUCUCAAAGAAUAUUUGUUCGACGUUCAAAUCGUGAAUUAUUAUCCGAAAGAUUUUUAUCUUGCAAAAGCUUUAAAUGACAAAAUUGGCACACUGAAAGCAGCAGGACUUGUGACGCUUUGGAUGGAUCGCUACAUUGAUAAAAGUUAUAUUAAAAUUAACAAACAAAAAACCAGCGCAAGAAGAUUAAAUAUCAAGCAACUCUUUGGUGGUUUUCAAGUGCUGCUUAUUGGAGUCUCAUUAGGAUUUGCGUGCUUUUUAUUAGAAAUAUCUUCACCUCUAAAACAUUUUCAAUUUCUAAGAAAAAUUUUCUUGUGA